GUUGAACUUCUGAGCCACAUGGCGUAAUAGACAAUCAGGAGGUCGACGUAAUUUCCUGCGUGAAUUUUGCUUCAGGCAAUGGCGAGCUGGUUGAAAGCCGCAGAAGGGCUGCUGGAAGCAGUAGAUAAGAGCGUGUCCAAGACUGUGGGAACGCUCGGGCUGACAGAAGGCGAGGCGCCGGACACCACCUUCCAGGGCGAGUUCGCUGCGCCAGGUACUGGCGGUGCCCCCGCAGCAGCGCCACGCGCGCAGCCCUCUGCUGGCCAGGCCACCGCGUACACGGCCUACCCCUACCAGCAGACCUCAACGACCACUAGCCAUUCCCACCUUUUGGGCAGCGCUGCGCAUCCUGGACUGGGGUCCGGCAGCGCUUACUCAGGCAGCACAGCUGCGGCUGCGGGCACGAGCGGUCGGGGUGCUGAUGGCGGCUUCACGGUCAAGUCUGACGCACCCAUUCCGUUCGGCAGUAAACCGCCUCUGCCGCCACCCAGCACCUACAUAGCCGGCAUCAGUCCUAGCAGCUCACAGGCUGCGCUGUCUGGAAUGUUAGGAGGACCGCCGAGCACAGGCAGUGCCGGCGCUGCAGCACCAGCGGCAGCGGCACCAGCGCCCUACUCGGCACCGCCAGCACCACCUAGCGGCAUCGGUGCUAGAGGGACAGAGCGUAUCAGCGGUAGCGGUGCAGUAAGGCCGCCUGUUGGCGCAUCAGCCUAUGUACCGCACUUAGCUGCUCCUGCAACGACGGCCAGCGAUGUCGUGCAUUCAUCUGCAGCCUCGCAGUCCAUACACAAGCCGCAUGCGGACCUCGAUGCUGGUCAUAGUCUUCCGGCUGGGACACACCACAGAAGCGGGUCCAGCGAAGCGAGCGCUACGGGCUCUGCGCUCACCAGUGUAGACACAGCGGCUGCAGCAACCACGCCACCGCCCGGAAGCUCAGGACUCGCACCCACAACCAGCGGUCAUGCCACGUCAGCAGCACCUGCUGUUGCCGGUGGCCCCUCCAUGCGCCGUGUGGGCAGCUCAGGCGCCGACGAUGCGGCUGUGGGGCCAAGGCGAGGGAGCGGCUCCGGCGAGCCCGCGGCAGGCGCAUCUGGUGUAGCCGCCGCGGUCACGCCGGGUGCCGCUGCAGCCAUGGCGGCUGCAACGCUAGCUUCCGCCACAGCCGCUGUCACCAACUCGCUAUCAUUCUUCAACCUUGGCGGCGACGAGUCGGAAGCAGGUGCGGCUCCUGGCGUGUCGGGGGCGGCGCCUGGAGCCGCUGGUGGUGAUGGCGGCGGUGGGCCUGCGGCGGGGCAGGUGCAGGCGUUGACUCGGACGGUGGAGCAGCUGAGGAAGCGGCUGGAGGCGUCGCGCCUGGAGAAUGAGCAGCUGGAGGACAUGCUGGCGCGCGCAGAGGUGAAGGCGCAGCAGGAGGCGGCGCUGGUAGCCUCCCUGCGUGAGGAGCUGUCGGGUCUGCAGCACUCACGCGCCAGCUCCGAGUCCACCCUGGCGGCGCAGCUGGCGGUGGCCAAGUCGGGCCUGGCGGACGUGAGCGGCAAGUACGAGGCCAGCCAGCGGCAGGUGCUGCUGCUGGAGGGCCAGCUGGCGGCGCUGGAGGAGAGCAGCCGGCGGCUCAUGGAGCAGCACAACGACCGCGAGGGAGGCAUGAUGGACGCGCUGCGCGCUGAGCUGUCGUCCGCCGAGUCACGGCUGGCGGCGGAGCGCAAGGCGCACCAGGCCAGCCGAGUGGCAGCGGCCGCGCGUGAGUCGGACCUGGAGGCGCAGAUCGCGGGCAGCACGGCGGCGCUGGGUGACCUCACCCGCAGCCUGGAGGACGCUAACCGCAAGGCCCGGGCGCUGGAGGAGGAGGUGGUGGCUGCCACUCGCGGCCGCAACGACUUGGCUGCACAGGUGCAGUCCCUGCGUCGCCGACUGGCGGACGCGGGCGUCGAGGUGGAGGACGGCUUGGGCACGGACGGCGAGGGGCCGGUGAUGCGUUCACCGGGGCUGGCUGCCAAGAGCGCGGCGGCCGCUGCGGCAGCGGCGGCUGAGAUGGAGGUGCUGCGUGGUGAGCUGUCCCACCAUAAGCGCGCGGCGGAGCUGGCGAAGCAGGCUGCUGAGGCGGGCCAGGCGCAGGUGGCGGCCAUGACGGCGGAGCUGGAGGCGCUGAGGCACAGCAUCGACCAGCGCAAGGACACUGCCCAGCUGGAGGCGCAGCUGCGGGAGGUGUCGGACAUGCUGUAUCUCAAGCAGACGCAGCUGGAGCGGCUGGCAGCGGAGAAGGCGGCGCAGCAGCUCAAGACGGAGCGAGAGCUGGAGACCGUGCGCCAGGAGCUGGCCAAAUUGACUCGGGCCACGGUGGGCCAGGGCGGGGGUGGCGGUGGCGGCGGCGGUCUGCCCACCAGCUCGCUGGCGUCCGCGGGGGCGGCCCACGACGUCAUCCCUAUGGACGCACUGGGAGAGCCCUACCAGCGACUGGCUAGGAACAACAAGGUGGGCAAGGCCGUCAAGGCCGCCGCCAACUUCCUGGACUCCACCGCCUCCACCACCAGCUACGUGCUGCGGCAGUACCCGCUGGCACGACUGGGCGUGUUCGCCUACGUGGUGCUCAUCCACCUGUACGUCUACCUGCUCAUUGCGCGCAUGCAGCGCAUUGCCACGCACUGGGAGGCCAGCAUCACCGCGGCGCCCCUGGACGGCUGAGAGCUGUUGUGGGUGCCCGGUGGGGUAAGGCAGUAGCCGGGGGAUGUGAGGGAGGUGGUGAGUGAGUGAGUGGUGGGGUAUGCGUGGCGAGGCUGGCGGUCGCGGUAGCAGGAAACAGAACGGGUUACUGGGUGGGAACAGGCGCUGUCGGUUAGUACGAUCUGAGAUUGCCUUCUCCGAUGCGCAACGUAGUUCAUGGUCGUUGGUGAGUAAAGAAACGGCUGCGGUUGAGAGGAAGAGCCUGACAAGGCAGGAAUGGCUCUCCCUCUCAAGGCGAAAAGUGAGCUGCGCCCACGCCUCUUGAUGCAAUGUCUGAAGCAGAAGGUCUCGAUACUACCUCAUCUCCCGGAACAUAGCCGGGUCGGUUUGUAAAGGCACCGCGCG